CCCAGUGUCACCCUUCCUCAGCCAAACCUGAGGAAGCAAAGGAGAGCAGUCACGUUUUACCAUCAGCGUGGACCCAUUAAAGCAUUUACUGGAAUCAUGACGACCUCAGGAAAAGAGAACUUCCGACUGAAGAGCUACAAGAACAAGUCUCUAAACCCUGAUGAGAUGCGUCGCAGGCGGGAGGAAGAGGGUCUUCAACUGCGGAAGCAAAAGAGAGAGGAACAGUUGUUUAAACGCCGAAAUGUUGCGACAGCCGAGGAAGAAGCGGAGGAGGAAGUGAUGUCAGAUGGUGGCUUCCAUGAGGCUCAGAUGAACAACAUGGAGAUGACCUCUAGUGCAGUCAUCACCUCUGAUAUGAUUGAGAUGAUUUUCUCCAAUAGUCCAGAACAGCAGCUUUCAGCCACCCAGAAAUUCCGAAAGCUUCUUUCUAAAGAACCAAAUCCCCCAAUAGAUGAAGUCAUAAGCACACCAGGAGUGGUGGCCAGGUUUGUGGAGUUCCUCAAACGAAAAGAAAACUGUACAUUACAGUUUGAAGCUGCGUGGGUGCUGACAAAUAUUGCCUCGGGGAAUUCCCUUCAGACUCGAAUAGUGAUCCAAGCAGGAGCCGUCCCCAUCUUCAUAGAGCUGCUUAGUUCAGAGUUUGAAGAUGUACAGGAACAGGCAGUAUGGGCUCUUGGCAACAUCGCUGGAGACAGCACUAUGUGCAGAGACUAUGUAUUGGACUGUAAUAUCCUGCCCCCUUUAUUGCAAUUGCUUUCAAAACAGAACCGUCUCACUAUGACCCGAAAUGCUGUAUGGGCUUUGUCCAACCUCUGCAGAGGGAAAAAUCCUCCUCCAGAUUUUGCCAAGGUUUCACCUUGUCUUAGUGUGCUUUCCUGGCUGCUCUUUGUCAAUGAUACAGAUGUAUUAGCUGAUGCCUGCUGGGCUUUAUCCUAUUUGUCUGAUGGCCCCAACGAUAAAAUCCAGGCUGUGAUUGAUGCAGGAGUCUGCAGAAGACUUGUGGAAUUGCUGAUGCACAAUGACUACAAAGUUGUAUCUCCUGCCUUACGAGCUGUUGGGAACAUCGUCACAGGAGAUGAUAUCCAGACCCAGGUAAUUCUGAAUUGUUCAGCCCUGCAGAGUUUACUGCACUUGCUAAGCAGCCCAAAAGAAUCUAUCAAGAAGGAGGCAUGCUGGACAAUAUCUAAUAUAACAGCUGGAAACAGAGCCCAGAUCCAGACAGUCAUAGAUGCCCAUAUCUUUCCAGCUCUUAUAAAUAUUUUGCAAACGGCUGAGUUUCGGACAAGGAAGGAAGCUGCUUGGGCAAUCACAAAUGCAACAUCUGGAGGCUCUGCUGAACAGAUCAAGUAUUUAGUAGAACUGGGAUGCAUCAAACCACUCUGCGACCUCCUUACAGUAAUGGACUCAAAGAUUGUGCAAGUAGCACUGAAUGGGCUGGAGAACAUCCUGAGGCUUGGAGAGCAGGAAUCCAAACGCAGUGGCACUGGCAUUAAUCCUUACUGUGCUCUUAUUGAAGAAGCAUAUGGCCUGGACAAGAUUGAAUUCCUGCAGAGCCAUGAGAAUCAAGAGAUUUAUCAGAAGGCCUUUGAUCUGAUUGAGCACUACUUUGGAACAGAGGACGAAGACAGCAGCAUUGCCCCACAGGUGGAUCUCAGCCAGCAACAGUACAUCUUCCAGCAGUGUGAGGCUCCCAUGGAAGGCUUCCAGCUCUGAGGUCCCCCUGUGCUGUGUGCUCCUCUACCCAGCCAGUCCUGUUGUCGAGCCACAAGCCACCCGUGGAGUGAUUCUCUCAAUGUUUUCCAUAACCCUGUUUGCGCUCAUUCGCUUGCCUUGUGCACAUGCUCUUACAUACGUCUGGAAAACUUUUGGCUCUCCGUGGCAGGAUGCCCCCUCCUUGGCAAGGGGUCGCCAGAAUCACCCUUCUCCUCUAGAUUCUGAACCUCUCCGCUGUCAUCUUCAUGGAGUUGAGGCACCUUUCUAUACUUUGAGAUAUUCCCUGCUCCUAUUACAGGAAAAGAAUCCCUCCUCCACUGGCCCCCACACUCCUGGCAUCCAAGAUAAGGCUGCCUUUCUCAUGUAUUUGCUGCAGUGUGUGCCUGCAGUCCAGGGAGACAUUCAGACUUCCUGAGAACGUAGCUGAAUUCAUUUCCCAUACUCUUCCCUGGAUGCCUCUUUGGAUGGCCGUGAGACGCGUUAAAUCUUCACAUGCAAUGUAUCUACUUUGCUGUAUGUGCCAGCUGGGGUUAUUGGCAUAUAGAACAUGUUACAAACAAUGGAGUAAGUUCUCUAUCCCCUGCAACAACAGGCUGCGAUCGGCAUGUUUUCUGGUUCUUAAGAAUACUGAACACAUCUAGCCCCAUCCCUUCGCAACACUGAGCUCCCAAGCUGGGUUGCAGACCACUGUGGAGAUUUGUGUACCUUCCCAGUCUUUCCUCUGCAUCCACAAAGAAAGAGCUUGUGACUAGGUCACUCUUACCACCUCCCCAGAAAUGACUUUUCAAACCAGCUUCUAGGACGGAGAAACUACCCCCACUUCUGCUUGCCAGCACAGUAUGAUCCAGCCGGGCCUUCCUUAAAAAUCAAGCCCUUCCUGACUUCAUGCUCCAGAGUCUGGUCCUUUGGUAUUACAGUUAUGGCUGAAAAAUUCCUGUCUGCCUCUCUACGUUUUUACACAGCGUGACUUGAACAGAUUUAUCUUCUGAAAAAUUACCUUCUGAAUACAGAAAUCUUAAUUUGUAAAACUUAGCACAAGGAGCAUUAGAUCUCCUUUUCAUUUUCACAAGACAAGAGCUUCUUCUCCAGCUCACCUGAUAAAAUAGAGUCCUCCUGGUCAAGCCCCUUAUUUAACAACUAAAAUGACACUACAUUCAAAGGAUAGUAAUAUUACACCUGGAUCCGCCUGGCCCUUUCAUUUCAUUUUUUCCUUUUGCUGUUGACUUCAGGUGAAUUAGCAGGGAACGCAUGGUUCUUACAGGUGACAUCUAUACGGCAUCGCUGACUGCAUGACAGCUGCCAUCCGCAGCUGUAGACUGCCCUUCUGCUAGCAGCAUGUUCUUGGCUCCGCAGCCUGCUUGGAUCACAGACAUCUGAUGCAAAGGCCAGCCACUCCUCACUGAGUUCAGCUUUCAUUGACACCAAACUCUUCA